AUGCAAAUGUUUGAUUUCUCCAACAACAACCUAUCUGGUACAAUUCCAGAGUUCCUCGAGACCUUCACCUUGUUGCAGUAUCUGAAUAUGUCCUUCAACAACUUGGAAGGAUCAGUCCCCAUAGGUGGAGUGUUUGCUAACACAAGUGGUAUUUUUGUCCAAGGAAAUCCACACCUUUGUUCAAAUGGUGCAUUAAGAGAGCUUCCUAGAUGCUUUGCUUCAGCAUCCACAAAAAAGCAAAAGUAUUUUGUUCCUAUGAUGAUAGCUCUGUUAGCUCUUGUUGCACUUGCCUUAAUCUUGGGGGUGUUCAAUUUUUGGUUGAGAAGGAGAUACACAUCCGGUGAGAGAAUUGGCCAUUCAUACAUGGAGUUGAAAAGGAUAACAUACGGUGACGUAAUCAAAGCAACAAAUAGUCUUUCUCUAGCCAAUGUGGUCGGCUCCGGGCAAUUUGGGACUGUCUACAAAGGUUGGUUCGACGCGGAAGAUGGUACGGUUGCUGUUAAAGUCUUCAAGCUCAAUCAGCACGGUGCAUUGCAUAGCUUCAUUGCUGAGUGCAAAGCAUUGCAACACAUCCGUCACCGGAAUCUCGUGAAGGUUAUAACUGCAUGCUCAACUUAUGACCCAGUGGGAAAUGAGUUCAGGGCUCUAGUCUUUGAGUAUAUGGCCAGCGGUAGCCUUGAAGACAGACUUCAUAAUCACAAGUGUGGUGAUAUGAGUUUAGGCGCAAUGAUAUGCAUAUCAGUUGACAUUGCUUGUGCUCUUGAAUACCUCCAUAACCAAUGCAUCCCACCAGUUGUUCACUGUGAUAUGAAACCAGGCAACAUACUUUUCAACAACGACGAUACGGCAUGUGUCUGUGACUUUGGUCUAGCAAGGCUAAUUCAUGGAUGUUCAUCUGGAGAGCAGAGCGGCACAACAAGCAUAGUUGGACCAAGGGGAUCUAUUGGGUACAUAGCUCCUGAGUAUGGCAUGGGCAGUGAAAUCUCGACCGAGGGUGAUGUCUACAGCUAUGGCAUUGUUCUUUUGGAAAUGCUAACACAUAAACGACCUACUAAUGAAGAGUUUAGUGAUGGCUUGACGCUCCGCAAGUAUGUAGAUGCAUCGCUGUCACGAACCCAAGACAUUCUUCACCCUAGUCUUAUUUCAGAGAUGGGAGAUCAGUGUGUCGGUCAUAUCCCAAACUUGCAAGAACACAACACAUUUGCAUUGAAGGAUAUAUGUGCUCUCCGGCUCCUUAGACUUGGCUUAUUAUGCUCUGCGGAAUCGCCGAAGGAUCGACCAACGAUGCAUGAUGUCUACGGUGAAGUAACUGAAGUAAAAGAGGCAUUUUUCUCUAUGGACAACUGA